ACAUUAUUCCCUUCCCUUAAAAUUACCAUAUAUCCAACUUUCUAAAAUACACUUUUAACUUAAUUUUUAUAUAGGGAAACAAAGUUCAAGCCACGUUGUUUGAUAGCUCCAUCACAGCUUUCGAGGAUACCUUACUACCACACAAAACAUACCUCAUCUCAAAUGCACAAGUUAAACAAACAGAUACAAACUGCAGAGCUCAGCUUGGUGACAUUAGAUGGACAAUCAACGCAAAAACUAACGUUGUUGAAGUGAACGAACAAUUUAACUCUCUCCUUUCAUCAACUCACAACUUCAUAUCAUUUGAAAAUCUUCAGCCCUACAUGGAUACAAAUGCAGAAAUCAGCAUUAUUGGAAUAGCAAUUGACAUCUUCCCUAAAAGAGUAAUUCAAAUCCGUGACAACCAAUCAACAGUACAAGAUGUCAUUCUCAUGAACAACAGGUUUGAAACACGCAUGCUUCAAAUGUGGGACAUUUUUGUCACAAAUGAAUGUAAUACCAUCCAAAAUACAAUCACCAAAAAACCCAUUAUUGCAGGCAACAGAUUAAGGGUAACUUCAUUCAACGGUAAAUUAAAAACUCCUUACACACAAUCAAAUUAAUACAUACAAAUUUAAACCUUGUACACUAAAUCUAAAUUUACUCUUUGUUUAGGUAUAUCUGUCUCAACAAAGUUCAGCUCAUCAACACUCAUUAAUCCCCCAUACGAGCAAGUUCUUGAACUAAAACACUGGUACAUUUUCUCAAUUUUCCAUUUACAUUCUUACAUCUAUUGUCAUUAUUACUCUGAAUUUCCUUAUAUACUUUUACAAAAUUUAUACUAACAUCAAUACCAGGCUACAGGACAACAUCAACACAAUAAAUGACAUCAUAACCCAAAAAUCUUACAUCUUUCCCACAUCUACCACAAUUUCUUACCCACCAGAAGAAAAGUUAGUCAACAUCAGACAGCUACAACAACUCCAACAUAUGCAACGACACUUCUGGACAAGAGCAAAUGUCACAUUAGCUGAAAUAGACCAACCACUGUGGUAUCUGUCAUGUCACAAUUGCAACAAAUCUGCAAGUGCAACUGUAAACGAAACUUAUUCAUGUAGAUUUUGCAAGCACAGCUCCGCUACACCAACUCCAAGAGCAAGAGCAAUCGUUCAGUUACAGGACUCCACAGGGUCAAUCAUAGCAUCAAUUAUUGGAAAACCAGCUGAAACAUUCUUGAAAUGUUCAGCAACUGAACUGAUGAAACAAAGCUCUGAGGAACAUACGAAGAUCAGCUCCAUAGUUCCAACAAAUACUGCACAUGACAACAUCGUAUUCAUCAAAGCUGUAAAUAUGGAGGCAACCAUCAACAAAACACCAUACGAAAUCAUCUUUAUCCUUGAACCACACCCGAAAGAUGACAACCACUUACCUACCAACAUCACACAACCAAGCAAUUCACAUGAAGCAUACAAACAUGCAGACAAAAAACAAAAGCAAGAGUAGUUGUUGAAGACCUAAAAAUACAUAUUUUGUAUCC